AUCCAUGCAGAACGGCGAUCUCAAUGGACGACCAGGGCGCGGUGACCCAGGAGGAGAUCUUCAAAAACAUUCGCAUGCACAAGGAGGUCCUCAGCUCCGUGAAACAGCAGCCGCUGGACCUGCGGAGGAAACUGAAGCUCGUUCAUUUGGCAAAACGCUACAUCAAAUGUCACGAAGGGCAGCUGCAGGAACGCCUGGCGCAGUCGAAAAGCACUCGAGACAUAUACGCGAGGUUCAACAUUCUACUGGCUGCGAAAUGGCACCAGCUAAAGCGCGAAGCCGCCAACACGUCCAACCUCCUGAUCCCCUGGGAGCUCCGCAUCAAGGAGAUAGAGUCCCACUUCGGCUCCGUGGUCGCUUCUUACUUCACCUUCCUGCGCUGGCUGUUCUGGGUCAAUCUGGUCAUCGGCUUCAUCUUGCUGGUCUUCGUAAUAGUUCCUGAGUAUCUAACUGCCAACAAAAACGAAGAUGGCGAAAGGAAAAGGAUAACAGAUGAAGAGAAGAAGAACGCAACUAAUCUGCUCACUCUAUGGGAGUUCGAAGGGUUUUUGAGGGUGUCGCCAAUCUUUUACGGAUACUAUAGCAGCAUAGAACGUUCACAAUACAGAAUGCCUCUAGCAUACUUCCUGACUGGCGUGGUGGUGUACAUUUAUGCGUUCGUCGCCAUAUUAAGAAAGAUGGCCGAAAACUCCAGAAUGUCCAAACUCUCAGAGAAAGAAGACGAGUGCAUAUUCUCAUGGAAACUGUUCACCGGUUGGGACUUCAUGAUUGGUAACACGGAGACCGCUCAGAACCGGACGGCCUCCGUCAUUCUUGGGUUUAAAGAGGCCCUUCUAGAGGAAGCUGAGAAGAAGAAGGAUGUUAGAAACUGGCGCAUAAUCGCCCGCCGCGUCUUCGUCAACCUUGCCGUCCUCAUCCUCCUCGCGCUGUCUGUCUUCGCCGUCCUCGAGGUGGUCUCCAGCGACACGAAGAAAUCCGGGAGCUGGUGGCAUGACAACUCCACCACAAUCGUGGUCACCUUCGUGUCGUUGGUGUUCCCUGUGUUCUUCGAGCUGCUCGGCUACAUGGAGAAGUAUCAUCCUAGGACGCAGCUCCGAUGGCAAUUGUUUAGGAUUAUGCUCUUAAAUCUACUCAACUUGUUCUCGCUUAUAUUUGGUUUGUUCUAUAACAUCCAAGGCAUGUCCAAAGACUUGGAGUAUUUGAAACCAAACACAACUAUAAACCCUAACAUAACCGCUGUUAAUAGUACCUUUGAUGUAAACAAGAUGAUUAUUAUAACAGAAGAGAUGAAUUGCUCAGAUCUGACGAAACUGUGCUGGGAGACGAUGCUUGGUCAGGAGAUGGUGAAGCUUACCAUGAUGGAUUUGGUGUUCCUGUUGCUCGGCACCCUCUUCAUGGACUUCUUCCGCGCUCUCUUCGUCCGCUAUAUGAACCGCUGCUGGUGUUGGGAUCUCGAGAAAAGCUUCCCUGAAUACGGGGACUUCAAAAUAGCCGAGAACAUUCUCCAUUUAAUCAACAACCAGGGCCAAGUGUGGAUGGGCAUGUUCUUCUCGCCCGGCCUUGUCUUAUUAAACGUCUUCAAACUUAUGAUCAUGAUGUAUUUACGCUCCUGGGCGGUGAUGACGUGCAAUGUGCCCCAUGAAGUGGUCUUCAGGGUUUCCAAAAGCAACAACUUUUAUUUAGGACUGUUGCUAACUAUGCUGUUCCUUUGCGUUCUGCCGGUUGGCUAUUCUAUAGUUUGGGUCAGACCGUCAUGGCAUUGUGGUCCAUUUUCUGAAUACGGGAGGAUAUAUGAGAUAGUUACAAAAAAUCUCUCCAAACUGUUGCCCCCUUCGCUGAAUUUUGCCGUGAAAUAUAUAGCAUCACCGGCCAUAGUAAUUCCUUUGCUCGUUUUACUAAUACUUAUUAUUUAUUACUUGAUAUCGCUGACAAAUUCACUGAGAGAAGCAAAUAAUGACUUGAAGAUCCAACUCCGCCGAGAGCGGACAGAAGAGAGACGGAAGAUGUUCCAACUGGCCGACACCAGGCGAAAAGGGACGGCGAUGGACAACACGCCGUUCGCCAGAUGGAAGAAAGCGCUGCCUGGCUUCCCGCUCGGCAAGUCUAUCGACUCUGAUGACCGGAAGACAGUCACUGAAGACGAUGGGAAAGCGCCGAUUAAACCGAUGAAGAAGAAAGGUAAUUUCUUUGCCAAGAUCGUCGGGCAAGCUGUUGAUAAGAAAUCAGAUCUCUUCGAAAUCGACAACGACCCAUCCAUCUCCCCCAACAACGAUGACGAAACUGACACAGAUUUCCACGAAACCCUACCAAGAGAUGUACUGAAAGCUAAAGACAUAACUAUAAUAAAAAGUGAUAAGAAAAUCGUAGAAUUCAAAACGCAAGCGAGCGAUGAAAAUAAACUCAAAGUUAAAGUUGACAAAGAGGAUCGCACAGAUAAAGCUGCCAUUGAGAAAAGAAACAACGAAACUAAAUCACGAUUUGUUACCACUAAAGUCGAUGAAGUCAAUGAAAAUAUGACGAAAGAUGCAUUAGAAAGGAAACAGUCUGAAGUCUCAAUAAUUCCUGUUAUAACUAUAAGUACAACGGAAAGUGACGAAGACUUGAAACGGGAAAACAAAAAAAGUGGAGAGUCAAGUAAAAAACAGCCGGAUUUAAGGUCGCUUAGAAGACAGAGCAGCGUCGAUAGUGUAAAGGAGAAGACUGAGAAGAAGAAACCGGAGGAUGGACAUAAAUAUCAAUAUUCACUUUAAGAUUAAUGUUGUUAUAUUCAAG